AUGGCGCGCGACUACUACGCGCUCCUCGGCGUCGCGAAAGACGCGGACGACGCCGCGCUGAAGAAGGCGUACCGCAAGAUGGCGAUGCGAUGGCACCCGGAUAAGAACAAAGGCUCCGCGGAGGCGGAGAAGAAGUUCAAAGACAUCAGCGAGGCGUACGACGUCCUGUCGGAUUCGAACAAGCGCGCCGUCUACGACAAGUACGGCGAGGAAGGCCUCAAGGCGGGGUUCCAGCCCGGCACGCCCGAGGGCGCCCCGGACGGAGGCGGUGCGCGGUACACGUUCUCGAACGACGACGCGACGCGCAUCUUCGAGCAGUUUUUCGGAGGCAUGGGAGGCAUGGGAGGCGUGGGAGGCAUGGGAGGCGACGACGCGGGCUCCGCGAGCGGCAUGGGCGGCAUGGGCGGCGGCAUGCCGGGGAUGGCGUCCAUGUUCGGAGGGAUGGGCGGCGGCGGUCCCGGUGGAGGGGUUCGAAGCACGCGGGGACCACCGCAGUGUACGGUCAGCCGCCUCCCGCUGUCGUUGGAAGACCUCUACUCUGGGUGCAAAAAAAAGUUGAAAAUCACCCGACGCGUGAACGACGCGACGGCGACGAACGUCCCCGAAGGUCAGGCUGCGAUGCGCGAGGUCGCGGAGAUCGUGACGGUGGACGUGAAGCCCGGGUACAAAGCCGGGACGAAGCUCACGUACGCGGGGAAAGGAAGCGAAGAUCCCGGCAGGCCCGGCCGCGCGAGCGACCUCGUCAUCGAGCUCGACGAGAAGAAGCACUCGACGUUCGAGCGCCGGGGCGACGACCUCGUCUACCGGUGCGCCAUAUCCCUUCAGCAGGCGCUGUGCGGGUUCAAGCUCACGCUGGGUGGGAUCGACGGCGCGCCGGUCGUCGUGAAGGUGGACGACGGCCGCGUGAUAUCCCCGGGGAGCGCGGUCAAAAUUCAGGGCCGAGGGAUGCCGAGCCGGAAGCGCCCGGGGGAGAGAGGCGACGUCGUCGUCGAAUUCGCGAAGAUCGAGUUCCCGAAUCGCGUGUCCCCGGCGCAGAGGAACGCGCUGAAGGCGGCGUUUAAGGUGACGUGACUUGACGUGACGCGACGCGACGUAUGCGUUUGAGGUGGGGGGGGGAAUGAACGAUGGAGGGACCGGGAGACCCGUUUUGUGCGACGAAUUGAAUUGAAUUGAAUCUGAUCGAAUCGAAACCUAC